AUGUGUAGCUUAAGGCAAGACAGCCUUGAACCAAGAGCCGGGAUGGUGUGUAAGCAUGGCUGCAAGUGCUUUGCCUGUGGUCGCCGUGGAGGGAAACAGGCCAAAGCCGGGGCCCUGCAUCAGCUGAGCCUUUGGGCCUCCGAGCACCGCUCCGUGGGACGCCUGGGGCGCUACGCGCAGCAGCUCGCCGCGGAAGCCGCGGAGACGCCGCGACCGGCGAAGAGGCGAAGAACGAAGGCCUUGGAGGACUUGCAUCCAGGGCCGUCGGAGAAGCCGGUCGAGGAGAGUAGCAGCCAGGGACUUGCCAAAGUGCUCCCAUGGUUGGACGCCCAGUGGAGUCCAAAUGCCUUCGCAACCUUGGCAACUCUGAGCAGGAGCUUUUUGAAAGACUUCGCGCUGGAAGUGAUGCAGCAAAACCGUCACAAGGCCUUGCAAGUGCGCCUGGCCCUGUUGGAGCAAGAUGUGCCUCCCCCAAACGGCCCGGCACAACGUGCGCUGGAGGCCACGCUGCGUUGUUGGUCGCACUUUCGUCAGAACCUGAAAUUCUGUUCAUCGACAGGAGUUGAAGACUUUGAGAAAGCCGUCAGCGAUCUUGAUCAUCGAAGGCAGAGGCUCAAGGCGAUGCUCGAAGGUUCCUGAGAGCAGCGGCUGAUCGGAGGAAUUCUUUUUCGGCCUAACGGGGAAGACACGUUGAUCGUGUUGGCGUGGCAAAACCUGG